UGUCUAGUUAUACUAAUCUGGAAGACGAGCACGAAAAAUUACUGCAACAGAGCAAACAGUGCACAGUUUAUUGGAGGUUAUGUAACAGGUGUAGUGUUUGUAACAAUUUAAUUUUAAUUGUUGUCACAAAACAAUAGGCGAACGAAAUGCCUGACUGGAACAAUACAGGAUUUUACGAUUUAAAUGUGCACGAAUCGUGCUUGGAACCUGCCGUGCGUGUGGUCACCUUGCAGACUCUGUAUAAUUUAGGAUAUCGCACCAUAGCCGUAAACCAAGUUGUUGAGGUGGAUGCCCAUCCAGAGACCAAAAAGAAGAAAAAGAAAGGCGAACCGCGCGAUGUUUGGGCCGAUGUGCUUCCGGAGCCGUGCAAUUUGCAGGAGUUGAGGAAGUUGGCUGUAGACCUAAAUGUCAAGAAUGUUACCUUUCUGAAUCGACUCACUCUGAUAUUCGCCAGCCAGGACAGCUUGCACCGAUACCUCAAGUCUAGCAACUUUAAAAAGUACGAUAUCAUUGCUGUUAUACCCACGACCACGCCAGCUUUAAUGUUCAUCUGCAGCAAUUUGGAUGCUGAUAUCAUCGGCUUCAACCCGCAAAACAAGCUGACUUUGAGGAUGAACAGAAAGAUUUACACUCAACUGGUCGACAAAGGGUAUCAUUUUGAGUUGACCUACAGCUCGGCCAUUCAAGACUCAACCAAAAGGAAAAACCUAAUCCACCUAUCACAUCUUUACCAUACGUUCGGCAAAUCGAAAAACAUAAUUUUUUCAAGUGCCGCUGAAAGCCAUAUGUUUAUCCGAAGCCCCUACGAUGUGACCAGUUUGGGAUUGUUAUUUGGAUUGAAUGAGCUGCAGUCGAAAAAUGCGAUUCUACACAACCCAAAGAAUGUGAUUUUAAAUGCAAUUGGCCGACAGCACGGAAAGGCCGUAAUGAUGGUAGAGAAUACGGAGCCAAUGGACUUGGAUGAACCAAUUGUCUUGGACUCCGAUGAAGAUCCCGAUGAACCGGCUCAAAAAAAGUCUAAACUAUGAACCCCUGUAUUUAUAAGAAUAUAUUUCAAUUGCCAUACAAGAGUA